AAACGGGGCUAGUUUAGAGAGUAGCGUACGAAUAAAGCACGUGUGAUGUCGCUUCCUGCUGUAACUGGCAUCUUACGACGAACCGUAGUAGAUCUACAUUGUCCCAAAAGUUUCUUCCGUGGCCUAGCUGACCAAGCAUCAAAAAUGACCCAAUGUUUUUUUGAUAUCUCUAUCGGUAAUCAACCAGCUGGCAGAAUUGUGUUUCAGCUGUAUGAUAAAGAAGUACCCAAGACUGCUGCAAAUUUCAAAGCACUGUGCACUGGUGAAAAAGGUUUUGGAUACAAAGAUUCCAAAUUCCACAGAAUCAUCCCUGGUUUUAUGUGUCAAGGUGGAGAUUUUACCAGGGGUGAUGGAACCGGUGGGAAAAGUAUCUAUGGUGAAAAGUUUGCUGAUGAGAACUUCAGCAAGAAGCAUGUAAAAGAGGGUUUGCUGUCAAUGGCAAAUGCAGGACCUAAUACAAAUGGAUCUCAGUUUUUUAUCACAACAGCAAAGACCACCUGGCUGGACGGCAAACAUGUUGUGUUUGGUGAGGUUGUGUCUGGGUACCAGGAUGUGGUGAAAAAGAUGGAGUCUGCUGGAGGACAGUCUGGCAAGCCAUCAAAAGAAGUUAAAAUCACCAACUGUGGAGUGCUGUAAACUAUUACUACACUUUUCUCGUGUUUUUUGCUGAAUUUGAUAUCUUUGAUCACCAAUUCUAAUAUGGUUUAUAGUCACUACAUUGGCCAAAGAGCUUCUCUUGUCUAAGAUAGUAAGUGCAUGCUAGGGUGUAUGUGCUGAUUACCAUGUUGUAAUGUUGCUACAUUUUUUCUGGAUGUUUAUUAAAAAUGUUUUUACCUAUUGUAAUAGGUAUUGGCCUUCAUUUUAUUUCGUAGUAAGUCCUAGGUGUACGACUGUCCACAUCCAAACACACAUUCUGUUCACCAAUAACAAUACAUGCAACUUAUUAUUGUAUUUCAAUAUUAUGGAUCUCUAAGUGUGGUUGUGAAAUGUCUGGGGAAAAAAGCAGUUCUUGUCCAAGUAUAAGAGUAAUAGCUUUUCAUAUCAUGUUCCAUAAUAAAUAGGGCUCGUAUAGUAAGGUUAGUACCAGUACCAUUAAAAAGUAAACCCUCUGA